GACACCGGCCCCGCCCACACGGUUCUGCAUCCAGCAGCAGGUAGUGAAAGGGUUAACUUCUAAACUGGAAGUGUGGUGCUGCUGAGCCCCCUCCUCUCCCGCUCUCUCCCUCUCUGUCCGCCUCUGAAGAAAGUUCCUGAUCCAUAAACGCUAUUUGAUACAAAAACUAUGCUACACAAACUCCUAUACGCGUCGGCGGAGUUUGAAAAGCAACAACACACCUCCUCCCAGCUGUGAGAAGAAGAAGAAGAAGAGUUACUUAUUAUCAAACGAUGGAAAGUUUUUGACCUCACCGCAGCUGGUCUGACUGAAUUUGAGGGACUGACAAGAUGCGUUCCAGUGUGGAUGGACCACCAGACCCUCAUAGCAGAGGAGGCACCAGCAACAACAGUAAUAACAACAACAACAACAGCAGCAGCACUGAGAACAGUGGAAACUCUGGUUCCCAGUAUGCACUGUGUGCUUUGGGGGUUGGGCUUGUUGCCCUCGGCAUUGUGAUGAUUGUGUGGAGUGUAGUACCUGCGGACACGGCCGGUAACAGCAGCAAUACAGGAGGAGGAGAUGGAGAUUAUGGUGGCAGGAAGAAUAAAGCGUCCUCUGUGGCCUUUGUCUUGGUGGGUUCUGGGGUGGUCAUGCUGCUGCUGUCCUUGUGUCUGGGAAUGAGGAAUAAACAGCGGGAGCAGAUGAGGCUCCAGGAGUCCCACAGAGGAGUGGCAGCUACUGAGCAGGAGGAAAGAGAAAUUGCUGAGGAGCAAGCCCAGCGUUACGCUGUACCCACCUAUGAAGAGGCAGUAGGCAGUGGCCAGUACCCUGUCCGGCAGAGCAACCCUAACCCAAGCUCCUCCCAGCUACCCUCCUACGACGACUUGGUCCAAGUUGAUGGGGUGCGGUAUGAAUUCGAGGGGCCAGAGGUCCAAGCAACUGAGGCACAGCCUGCUCCAGCUUCUGGUGCUCCCUCUGCUGCUUCCACUUCAAAUCAUAGACCUGGGAAAAGUAGCCGCAAACUCCUCCCUAUCAAGAUCCGCAGGAUUAAAUCAGAGAAGAUGCACAUGAAAAAUAUUGAUAAUUCUCAGCCAGCAGCUGGAAUGAGUAUAGAACCACUUACCCCGCCUCCGCAGUAUGAGGAUAAAGUGCCACCGCUUUAAGAUCAGGGUGACCAUGUUUAAAACAAUCUACUGAAUUACUGGAAUUCUCUGUGAUCACCGUAUGUGGAUCUGGGUCGGCCUUGUUGAGCCAAGACUUGAAGAUGGCUCCUUUUGCAGAAUGUUCUUAGUGGCACUUUGUUAUGAAACACAGUAUCUGUUCAAAUCUAUCAUUCAUGCCACGUCACUCCAAAGCACUGAACAGAAGAAACUUUUCUUUUUUAAAUGUUGGAUGUCACUGGAUCUUGGAAACAGUUGCAGACAGAUAGUGACGGACAUAAUCUGGAUGGAUACUUUUUUAUGGCACUUUGGAAUAAAAGCACACACACCAAAUGCAGUU